UCCCUUGUCAACAUGCUGUAUGUGCAUUGAAACUGCUGAGGCCAAACUGGAAAGAUUAUUGUGCUCCUUACUAUUCUGUGGAGUAUUAUAGGACCACAUAUGCAAAUGCUGUCACACCCUUAGAAGACAUAACUGAAUGGUUAUGGGAAGAUAAGGAAACCAUGAACGUCAACGUAAACCCUCCUCCUUAUCAGAGAAAAACUGGAAGACCAGCAAAGAAGAGGAAGAGAAGUUAUGAUGAACCUGAAACUGUGGUGAAGAAAAGGAAGUGUGGAAAAUGUGGAUCUAUUGCUGGCCACAACAAGAGAACCUGUACUGGUGGUGAUGUUGGUAAAAACCAAACUGGAUUCAAGCCAAGCACUGAGUAUGAUGCUGCAAACUGCACCUUCACACAGAGAGAUCAGCCUGAAAGUAGCACUGCAAGGGGUAAAGCCAAGGUGAACAGAUCCAGAGGUACAUCAUUUUUUGUUGGUGAGUCAUCUGCAGGACCUAGCACUCAAGGAAGACCAGUAGCAGGACCUAACACUCAUGGAUCUACCCAAGAUAAUCAAAAUUUCAGUCAGAAUUUUGCUGGUAUUGGAUCUGUCAGUCAACAUCUUUCUGUCACAAAGGGAAAGCAAACCAAGGCUAAGAAGACUAGGAAGUAG